AUGUGCUUCAUAGGAAGAAACGGGGCAUAUGCAAGCUGGAUCUGGAGGAGGAUGCUGCGGCAAGUGAUUCACAGAGGGCUGAAAGCUUCUUUCUACUGGCUGGGUUUAUUUGUUAGCAGGCAUCCUGUUUUCUUCCUCACCGUUCCCGCAGUCCUUACCAUCAUUUUCGGAUCCACGGUGCUGAGCAGGUUUAAACCCGAAACGGAUCUCGAGAUACUAGUGGCUCCGACGCACAGUCUCGCUAAAAUCGAGCGGAGUCUAGCGAACAGCCUUUUCCCUAUCGACCACUCGAAACACAAGCUGUAUUCGGACCUACACACUCCUGGUAGAUAUGGCAGGCUCAUCCUGCUGGCGAAAUCAGGGGGAAAUAUAUUGGAGCUGGCCGAUCAGGUUCUGCAGGUUCACAAGAAGGUGUUGGAUUUGCGGGAUGGCAGGGUGUCCUUCAUCGGUCACCAGCUGGGAGGUGUGGCCUUGGCCCCCAACAGCCGCGAACAGCAGGUGAAAUUUGCCCGGGCCGUCCAGAUCACUUACUACCUCCGCAACCAGGGCCCUGUGGUGCAGGACAUCCUUGCGGAGAAGUGGGAAAAUGAGUUCUGUAAGCUGGUGCACGGGCUGGCCACGGACAGCCAAGACCUACACAUCCAGUCCCUCACUUCCUUCAGCCUGUGGCGGGACUUUCACAGGACAGCCGUGAUGGCCAAGAGCGAGGUGCUUGUCAGCCUGGUACUGGUGCUCCUGGCUGCUACCAUCUCCAGCUCCAUGCGGGAUUGCCUGCGGGGGAAACCGUACCUUGGCCUUCUAGGCGUACUCACCAUCUGCAUUGCUAAUGUGACGGCUGCCGGGAUCUUCUUCAUCUCGGAUGGGAAAUUUAACUCCACUCUGAUUGGAAUACCGUUUUUCGCCAUGGGGCAUGGGACAAAAGGCGUGUUUGAGCUUCUGGCAGGUUGGAGAAGAACCAGAGAAAACCUGCCCUUCAAAGAGAGGGUGGCAGAUGCUUUCGCUGAUGUGAUGGUCUGCUAUACCAUGACCAGCUCGCUCUAUAUCAUUACGUUCGGCAUGGGGGCCAGUCCUUUCACCAACAUCGAGUCGGUGAAGGUCUUCUGCCAGAGCAUGUGUGUAGCCAUCCUGGUGAACUACUUCUAUGUCUUUUCUUUUUAUGGUUCUUGCCUGGUGUUCGCCGGCCAGCUGGAGCAAAACCGAUACCACAGUGUUUUUUGCUGUAAAAUACCCUCGGUCGAGUACCUGGAUCGCCAACCAACUUGGUUCAAAACCAUGAUGAGUGAUGGCCACGACCUGUCCACGCAUCAUGACAGUGUACCCUACCACAACCACUUCAUACAGCACUUCCUACGGGAGCACUACACGGAGUGGAUUACCAACACCUAUGUCAAGCCCUUUGUCGUCAUCCUCUAUCUGAUUUAUGCCUCCUUUUCCUUUAUGGGAUGUUUACAAAUCAGUGAUGGCUCCAACAUUGUGAACCUGUUAGCUAGCAAUUCCCCUAGCGUCUCGUUCGCCCUGACCCAACAGAAGUACUUCAGCAACUACAGCCCAGUGAUUGGGUUUUACAUAUAUGAGCCCAUAGAGUACUGGAACUCCACUGUGCAGGAUCAUCUUAAGACUCUGGGCCAGGGUUUCAAUAAGAUUUCAUGGAUCGACAAUUAUUUUCACUACCUGAAGGUAGUGAACGUUAGCGCGUCAACCAAAAGUGAUUUUAUAAACAUCCUCAAGAACUCUUUCCUGAGGAGUCCUGAAUAUCAGCAUUUCACGGACGACAUCAUCUUUUCCAAAAUCGGAGACGAGUACGACAUUAUUGUGUCCCGGAUGUACUUGGUCGCCAGAACCACGGAAAAGACCAGAGAAGAGGUGGUGGAGCUGCUCGAGAGACUCAGACCCCUCUCCCUCAUAAACAGCAUCAAAUUUAUUGUCUUCAACCCCACCUUCAUCUUCAUGGAUCGUUACAGCUCCUCUGUCAUCUCCCCUAUCCUGACAUCAGGCUUCAGUGUCCUGACCAUCCUCAUCCUAACAUUUUUCCUGGUCAUUAAUCCACUGGGGAACUUCUGGUUGAUUCUGACCGUUACCUCCGUGGAGCUGGGCGUUCUGGGUCUUAUGACAUUGUGGAAUGUUGAUAUGGAUAGUAUCUCUAUCCUGUGCCUUAUAUAUACUCUCAACUUUGCCAUGGAUCACUGUGCCCCUCACCUCUACACGUUUGUACUGGCCACUGAGCACACCAGGACUCAGUGCAUUAAGAUCUCAUUGGAGGAGCAUGGUGCUGCUAUUUUGCAGAACGCCUCAUGUUUUGUAAUUGGGAUAAUGCCCUUGCUCUUUGUGCCUUCCAACCUGACCUACACACUGUUUAAGUGCUCCCUGCUCACGGCCGGCUGCACGGUACUCCACUGCUUUGUCAUCCUGCCAGUGUUCUUGACGUUCUUUCCGCCAUCCAAAAAGCGGCACAAGAAAAAGAAACGGGCCAAGCGGAAAGAGAGGGAGAGGGAACGGGAAAGAGAGCGGGAGAGAGAGAGGGAAGAGAUUGAGUGUAUUGAAGUCAGGGAAAACCCUGAUCAUGUGACCAAUGUAUGA